AGUCAGACUGCUGAAGACAGACGCAUGAGACUUGCGGAUCGCCGGAGAAAAGAAAAAUAACGAGGUCUCUCUUCCUCAGUGUCAGUCUACCUCCACACAGAAAACGACCAUGAGAGUCCUCCUACUGCUCUCCAUGCCAGUCCUUCUGCUAGCCCAGCCCCCACUCUACCAAGAACCCUUUCCUUUCCUGGAGGACUAUGACCCUGAUUAUUUUCCUGAGAAUCCUGACACAGAUGUCCAGCAGCAGGUCUUGUUACAUGGUCCUCGACCAUUCCCUGAGCCAGAACGUCCUGGUCCAUCUGAGCCAGAGACAGAGCCUACAGAACCUGGCCCCCUAGAUUGCCGAGAAGAGCAGUACCCCUGCACCAGACUCUACUCUAUUCACAAGCCAUGCAAACAGUGUCUGAAUAGCCUCUGUUUCUACAGCUUGCGAAGGGUGUAUGUGAUCAACAAGGAGGUGUGUGUCAGGACCGUGUGUGCGCAUGAAGAGCUGCUAAGAGCUGACAUGUGCCGUGACCAGUUCUCUCGUUGUGGUGUAGCGGCGGUGAGUGGCCAGUGUGGGUCACUGGGGAGCAGCUGUGGGAAGAGCUGUGGAGGCUGUUGAGAACAUGGACACAUCAGAGAGAACUCCAGCCCAAAUACUGCCACAUCUCUUAGGGUCCACAUCCCACCCCCU